GUGUCCAGAGGAGUAUAUAAGUGUGUUGAAAUGAGCCUUGAAGUAUUCAUCUUCCCAUUGUCCUAAGGAAAAGAUCAACCAUGAGAUUUUACUUGGCAGUCAUUCUAGCUAUUUCUUUUCUGGAGAACUUUAAGGUCCAUAUCGUCAGAGGAACCUUAGGGACUCAAGCUAUGGCACAUAACUCCUGUGUAAGUUUGCGUACAGAAAAAAUAAGCAUUAGAAGAAUUGCUAAUUAUGAAAUACAAAAUCAUCCACAAAAAGUUGUGAUAUUAAUUACCAGAAAUGGAAUCAAGAUCUGUGUGCCACAUAAUCUUCCCUGGGUGAAUCAGACCAUCAACACACUGGACAAAAGAAAGAAUAAACGAAAAACUGAAAAAUCAUAGGUAGAUUUUAGCACCUGACCAACAGAGCAGCUACAUAUCAGGUCAUCAGUAAUUGCAAUGUUUGCAAAUUACUUAGAGGAAAUUAAAUGUCAAAACUAUGAAAAUUUCACCGGAAUAAAUUCAUCGAUAUACACAGAGCUGAUUAAUUUUUGACCUUUUGGUGCUGGCCUUAGGCUUAAUUACUUUAGACUUGUGUGGUUUAUAUUUAUUAUGCAAGCCAAAUCUUUCACUAUUUGCAAUAUUUCUUCUACAUUGGAUUCUUAACAGAACUUUGUUUCUUCCAGCAGAUUCAUUUAGCUGUUGCACUAUUCUACAUAGCUCUCUUGUUUCACUGCUAGAUCAUCUGAGAGCUUCUUAUACAUUAGAAAGCAGUGGUAUGACAAAUACUUCACACUUCUGGCAGAAUGGGAAGAAGCCCUGGAAAUAAUGAGAAUGUCACACUUAGGGAAUGAUGUGAGGUUUUCCUAAUAAAUGUUGUCCAUUCCAAAACAGUCUUUCAGAUUUAAUAUCUACGCCACACUGCCAGGUUAAAUAGUCUAUUAGCAAUUCUUCAGCAUUCCAGUUACCAAGUUUUUGGUAGUAUCAAGGCCAUAGAGAGAAAAAAAGACUCAGGAGUUGGCUGUUCAGUAGUUAAAUGGAAGAAAGCAGUAUCAAGAAAAUGUUUAAAAAUAGGUCUUUGUGUGUAUAGAUAUGUGCAUUCCUUUAAACAGAAUCACUAGGAACAUUUCAUAAAUAGCUAAUGCUGAAUUAAUCUAAAGUUUGUUUUAACCAUGGUUUGUUGAAUAAGCCAUCUUAUAAUAAGCUAGAUCCAAACAAAUUACCUCAUGGUUUACCACAAUGUCUGAUUAACUCAGUCAUUGCUUGUUACUGCCAUACUUUUCUGAUGAUGUACUUUUCAGUCCCUCAGUGUUUUGGUGGCAUUUAUAUUAGGAUUGUUAUCCCUUUGGGUAUUAAAUUAAAGAUUGAUUUAACAUACUUAUUAACUGUCCCAUUUGCUAUUAAAAUAAAUAUUACAUAAUUAAAUACAGAUAACAUAUUGAGGAUAUUUAAAGAUAUUUCAAUCUUUGUUCAUUGAAGAACUACAUAUACUGUAUCUCAGUGCAAAAUAUUCAUGUGAAUGUCUUUUCAUUUAAUUCUUAAUUUUAUAACAUUUAAGGUUAAUGUACCUUUACCAUGCUUUUAUU